GACAAACAUUUGUUAUUGGGACCACUGUGCCUUAAAAGCAACUUUUAAUAAUUUGAAUAAUUUGAUGUUAUCAAUUCCUCACGUUUACAGUAACACAAAAAAACGAGAUUCGGGGAGUGUCCGGCUUGCAUGCACUUUUUUGACUCCUCCCCUUACUGCAGCCGCCUACUCCUCGGCAAGUUGCCUCUCAAACGAGCCUAUUAGUAUACACACGUCCAAAUCUCGCGAGAAAUAGUGCCUCAAGCCGGGAAUUUCUCUCCUACUGUUUUGUGAAGUCCGAGAUUUUGGACAUACUAUUCGUUCGCCUACUGUUUUUUGCUUACUAUAUAGUUGACAGUAUGUGAUUUUGGAUUCAGCCCAUGACUUGGAAAAUUAAUAAAAGUUUAUAUUUGUUUCAGCUUACCCGCUCUUUUAAAUAAAACCAACGCACAACUGGUUUUGUUUGUCCUCUCACAGCUUCCGUAGUACCGCGUCAUAACUGGGCCUCUGACCACCAUCAACAAAUAUGUCUGGAACAACCGGCCGAUGGAUAUCACAAUUAAACACCAUCUCGUUAUUAUAAUUAAUAACACGCCAUUAACCCGUUUAUCGUGGUACAUGUAGGCUGCCUGUUUAGGUCGCAUUUUGGUGGAAAACAUCUUAAUGUGCGAGUUAUGAAAUAAUUAGGCGCUAUGCAUCGGAUCGGGUUAAAAUGAAUUAUAUACGAUGUUAUACUCGAUAGUAUCUGGAUUUCUUUCCGUUUCAUUAAGUGGACGCUAGGGAAGGAUGGAUGAAAGCGCAGAAAAGGUCGAGUCGGAAGAUCUGGUGAUCAUCGUGGAGAAUGAAGCUGAGAGCAAGCCGGUGCAGGAGUCUGAUGUCGGGGAUCGGAGCGCUGUGAAGAUGAUGAUGGGUCUGAUGGACAUGUGUCCCGUGUGUAAGCUCAGUUUUACCAACAGAGAACCCAAGUUGAUGCCCUGCCUGCAUUCCUUCUGCAAGAGAUGCUUACCUGCACACAACAGGACUGUCAGCACAGCAAACCCUGCUAAACAAAUGAACAUGAUCCGCUGUCCAGUUUGUCAGCAGGAGUGUAUGGAAGUCGAGGUCUUGGAUAACUUUUUCGUCAAGGAUUCCAUGGAAGUGCCGAGCAGCACAAUGGAGAAAAGCAGUCAGCUGUGCAUGAGUUGCGAUGAUAACACAGAGGCGAGCGGUUUCUGCGUGGAGUGUGUGGAGUUUCUGUGUGUCACUUGCAUCGAUGCUCAUCAGCGUGUGAAGUUCACCAGAGACCACACAGUCCGACAAAUUACAGAAAUGUCUUCAGAGGCAAUGGGCGCUUCCACACAGAAGCCAGUAUUUUGCGAUGUACAUAAGCAGGAGCCUUUAAAGCUCUUCUGUGAAACCUGUGAUCGCCUCACAUGCAGAGACUGCCAGCUCCUCAAACACAAAGACCAUAAUUACCAGUUUCUAGAAGAUGCAUAUAAAAACCAUAAGGAACACUUGGAAAGUAUGACUUGCCAGCUUCAAGAAAAGAAGAAAGUGAUUGAAGACGUGACUAAUACUAUUAACAAUGGUCUUGUGCAAGUGGAUGAAAACCGCAAUGCUGUGGCUACUGAAAUAAAAAAAUCCAUUAGCAAUCUCAUAAUGGAGAUCAACAGGAAAGGGAAGAUAUUAAUGAAUCAACUUGAGGCUAUCACGAAAGACCACGAGACGCUGCUUAAAAAGCAACAGCAGGAUGUGAUGUCACUCUCCACACAUCUGGAUCAUGUGAUCAACUUCACAAAAUGGGCCACAGCCAGUAACAGUGGCACAGCUCUCCUGUACUGCAAGCGACUGAUCACAUGUCAAAUCCAGUACCUAAUGCGGGCAAAGUGCAACAUCACGUAUGUUCCUCAGAGCUCGGUUCGCUUCCAGUGCCGAUCUUCUUUUUGGGCUUCGAAUGUGGAUCUUGGUUCCCUAGUUGUGGAGAAAUCUCCGGCCCGUCAUCCGAGCAGUCCACAUCCAAACGGUCCACAGCAGAUGUCUUUCCAGCCGAUGAAUCCAGGCCCCAGACCAGAGGGUCUUCAUACGGGGUUCCCGAGCUCGCAUCCUCAGCAGCAGAGGCAGAGCACGCUGGCCCAGCUUCAGAUGCAGGUGGAGAAACUCACGCAGCACACCACGCGCCACCAAGCACCCAAUCAGUGGCCGUGGUACCACGGCAUGCGCUUACCCGGGCCGACCCCGAAUAGACCCAUGCAGGGGGGGUCACCAUCUCAGACCUUACCCGGUAUGCCUCAACACGGGCGGAGGUAUAACGCGAGGAGCCCCCUGCCUGUUCUCCAGAGCUCCAUCAUGCCUCCGCAGACCAUGAGGGGCAUGAUGAACAACCCCAUUUACCCCCCUAAACCACUAGAGGGUGUGCCAAGAACUGGUCGUUAUCCGCACAACACAGCCUACUCCGGCGGAGGUAUGCUUUCCUCUCCGCAUGUGCUCCAUCAGCAAAACAAUCCAGUAACAUCGUACCUGAACAGGAGGUGUGAACCUAAUGUGCUUCUGCCUGCUCAGAGGCACAGUUAUCCAGCCAGUCAACUAUCCACACCACCAGGCCAAGCGGCACAAGGAAGACAGUUUUCUCUUGUGCCUGUUACGUCAUCAGAACCAAAGACCAGGUCCUGCCCCUUGAAGCGUGUGGAGAACCCUCAGAGUGGCCUGUCGAAACAAACCACUAAGAGAAGGCGGAGGGCAUCUCCAGGGCCGGUUAUCAUCAUCAAGGAUGAACCAGAGGACGAUGAUGAAGUUCGUUUUGUGAAGACGAGUGCUAAAGCCAGUCUUCCAGACAGCACGGGCGUUCAGUCCCAGACCCCACAGCAGGGUGAGCAGCAGUCAGAGAUGACCCCAGAAAUGGAUGAAGACCCCAAUGAUGACUGGUGUGCUGUAUGCCAGAAUGGAGGGGAGCUGCUCUGCUGUGAUAAAUGUCCUAAAGUCUUCCAUCUUAGCUGUCAUAUCCCUACCCUCACUGCAUCACCAAGUGGUGAAUGGUUUUGCACAUUCUGCCGUGACCUAAACUCGCCUGAAAUGGAGUACAGCAUUGCUGCCUGUGGAGACUCUGACAAUGUAAAGCAGGAUCCAGAUUCAGAGGCAUUUACACCUGUGGAUAGACGAAAAUGUGACCGAUUGCUGCUGCGACUUUACUGCAAUGAGCUCAGCAUGGACUUCCAGGAACCAGUUACUCCAUCAUCAAUGCCGGAGUACAGCGAGAUCAUAAAGACACCAAUGGACCUGUCUGUCAUCAGAAGCCAACUGGAGAAGAUGCAUUAUAAGAGCACAGAUAACUUUGUUGCAGAUGUCAGGCUGAUUUUUAAAAACUGUGCAACUUUCCACAAGGAAGAUACUGAGAUGGCCAGCGUGGGUACUAAUCUAGAGAGUUUCUUUGAGGAACAGUUGAAACUACUCUAUCCAAACCGGACGUUUCCUGGUGUGAAGGAGGAAGGUUUUGCAUUGGCCGCUUCUGAAGAAACUUCAAGUCCUUCAUCAAAGACUCCUCAGGACAUUUCCCAAACUGAGAAGACUAUGGAACCCUCCAAUGAAAAUCUCCCUCAGGAAGAACUGCCUACUAAAGAUAUUGAGGGAAAGCCAGAGAACUUGCCUGCAGACCCCAGCCAUGUAAAUGCCGACACAGACAGUACGGAAACUGUGUCGGUUCAAGAGGCCUCAUCUGUCUCUUCCAUCCUAUAAUAAUAAUUAUUGUGUAUUAUUAUUGUUUUAGGUAUUUGGAAAUGCACUACACUAGACCACCAUGAUGCAAUGUGUAAUAUAGGCUAAAAUAAACUACUAUCUAAAAUA